AUGGAUAACUCUUUCUUCCAUAGCAAGACUUUGGUGCUCAAUAGCAUGUUCCUCUCUAAACAGUCACGUGAUCACCACCAGAUCAGUCAGUACACAGUCGGCUCCACAGCCAUCACUUCAGUCAGUCCUGAUCACGUCGGGAUCAGUCAGUACACAGUCGGCUCCACAGCCAUCGCUUCAGUCAGUCCUGAUCACAUCCGGAUCAGUCAGUACAUAGUCGGCUCCACAGCCAUCGCUUCAGUCAGUCCUGAUCACGUCGGGAUCAGUCAGUACACAGUCGGCUCCACAGCCAUCGCUUCAGUCAGUCCUGAUCACGUCGGGAUCAGUCAGUACACAGUCGGCUCCACAGCCAUCGCUUCAGUCAGUCCUGAUCACGUCGGGAUCAGUCAGUACACAGUCGGCUCCACAGCCAUCGCUUCAGUCAGUCCUGAUCACGUCGGGAUCAGUCAGUACACAGUCGGCUGGCUUGGUCUCCAACCAGCCAUCCAUUCAAAACAGUCACGUGAUCACCACCAGAUCAGUCAGUACACAGUCGGCUCCACAGCCAUCACUUCAGUCAGUCCUGAUCACGUCGGGAUCAGUCAGUACACAGUCGGCUCCACAGCCAUCGCUUCAGUCAGUCCUGAUCACAUCCGGAUCAGUCAGUACACAGUCGGCUCCACAGCCAUCGCUUCAGUCAGUCCUGAUCACGUCGGGAUCAGUCAGUACACAGUCGGCUCCACAGCCAUCGCUUCAGUCAGUCCUGAUCACGUCGGGAUCAGUCAGUACACAGUCGGCUCCACAGCCAUCGCUUCAGUCAGUCCUGAUCACGUCGGGAUCAGUCAGUACACAGUCGGCUCCACAGCCAUCGCUUCAGUCAGUCCUGAUCACGUCGGGAUCAGUCAGUACACAGUCGGCUGGCUUGGUCUCCAACCAGCCAUCCAUUCAGUCAGUUCUCUACACGGCUACCCUGCCAUCGAACUAUCCAGUUCCAGUACAAGUCUCAGUCCAUUCAAAACCGAUCCAUCAAGACUCGGCGCAAUGCCAUAA